UAGCAACCAAAAAGAAACAACAAAUUGGAAAAACUUGUGCAAAUAGAAAAAAAUUAUAAACAAAACAGACACAAGAAAUGUGAAAGCGUAACAAAAAACAACAAAAGUGAAAGAAAAAGUGCACAAAAAAUACAAAAAACAAAGUUGAAAUAAACUUUGGCAAAAUGUCGCUGAACCUUUGAGCAAAAGCAACAGAAACAAAACAAAAUAAAACAGAAACAAAAGUGACACUCGAUAAACAAAACAAACAAACACACAACAACACACAGUGGACAGUGUGUGUUAGAUGCCCAUGUAUUUGUUGAUGCCAUGCAAUUGAUUGUUGACAAAAUUCCCAUGUAUUCCAAACAAACAACGAAGCGCAAUUCCAAAAAGUAAGUUCCAUUUAUUCCCCCCCCUCCACCCACAACAAAAAAAAACAACAACAACAAGCAAAAGUGAAAGAAAUAAACAACAAAUGUUUGAUAAAAAUGUAAUUUAAUUACAAUUAAUUAAAAAGAGAAAAGAUAAAAGAUUCUGAAGAAGCAAGUGAAAAGUGACUGCAAAUAAACAGAACAUAAAAGCAAACAGAAAGAGAGAGAACUACAACAAACAGUUUCUGAUAAGGCGGCAACAACAACAACAACAACAACAACCACAAACAACAACAACCACAACAGCUGCUGCUGCCUCUGCCUCUUCUUCUUCACGCACCUGUCCCAAAAGCAACAACAACAAAUCGCAGAUCAGCUACAACAAUUCGCACAAUAAAUCAAAACUUAGAAAAAAUGAUGAAAUGAACCAGCAGGCGGGCUCCUCAAGGGCGCCAGCCACAGGGGGCCAAAUCUCACCACCAGGUGGCAGCAGCAACACCAGCAGCAGCAGCAGUAUUGUCGAUGCACAGCAGCAACAGCUUCAGCAACAGCAACAACAACAGCAGCAGCAGCAGCAACAACAGUACUAUAAUCAACAGCAGCAACAACAAUACCAACAACAACAACGCGAAAGUUUUUUGGCUUAUCAGCAACAACAGCAGCAGCAGCAGCAACAGCAACAACAACAGCAGCAGCAUCAACAACACCAACAGCAACAUCAACAUCAGCAGCAACAGCAACAACAACAACGCUCUGUGGGCGGAGGCAACUUUAUGCUAGGCAAUGAGCUCGGAGUCGGAGGCGACAGCCUGCGAAGUUUGAACAACACCUUCGGUCCGAACUCGGAGUUCACAUCACUCGGGGGCAGCAACUCGGCCAGUUCACUUGGUGGCAUCAACACCUCGAGCAGCCAGAGCGUGCAGGCACAAAGCAGCGGAGUUGGUGGUGCUGGAGGUGGUACUGCUGGCGGUUAUCCUAAUAUGGUUGCAGUCAGCCAACAGCAGCAACAUCAACACCAGCAGCAACAACACAUGUCCAAUAUGGAUGCCAUGGGAGGUUACAGUCAGAUGGGCGGUGGCAUGCAUCCUGUUGCCAAUGGCGGCAUGAUGGGCAAUGGCAAUGGCCAAUACAUGAACGGAGGCGCCCAAGGCGGCUAUAAUGGCGGCCAAGGGGGCAUGGGCAUGGCCGGCAUGGGCUACGGCAAUGCGGCUGCACAAAGGCAUCAUCAGAUGUCGCCCAUGAACCAAAUGCAGAACAUGUCCAUGGGAACAUGUCCUGGUGGCGGCAUGCCCGGCGGCAUGCAAAUGGGCGCCAUGAAUCCCAUGGCCAAGAUGCAGGGCAUGGCCAAUGGAGGUUACUCGCAGCAGCAGCCGCCUUCACAGCAGCAGCGUCGCAUGGCGCCGUAUCCACAUCCACAGAUGCACAUGGCACAGAAGCGAGCCGGCGCUGGCGCUGGCGUUGGCGGCAUGUAUCCCAAUCCUGCCCAGCAGCAGCAGCAGCCGCCUCAGAUGUAUGGUGGCCAACAGAUGCAUCCUGGUGCUGGAGCCGGAGCCGGUGUACCAUUGCCUAUGCAGGCGGGCGCUGGCAAUGGCUAUGGGCGUGGCGGUCCAAUGGGCGGAGCUGGAGGAGCAGGUGGCGCUGGCGCCUACGGACGCAUAUCGGCACCCAAUGGUGGACCAGUGAUGAGUCCUGGUGGCGGCAUGAUGCCCAUGGGCGGUGCUGGCAUGGUGCCCGGUCCCGGUUGCAUGGGACAGCAACGUUUUGUGCCACAGGCGGGAGGAGCUGGCGUUGGCUAUGGUGCAGGAUCUGGAGCGCAUCAGGCGCAGUUCUAUCCCGGCGGCAAUGGCGGCGGCAUGGGCGUGGGCGUGGCCGCUGGUCAAGGCGGCAUGUGCCCGGCUGGACCGGGCGCCGUUGGCAGCACUGGCAAUCCCUACCAGAAUCAAGGUUUCCAGCAAAACUAUCAGCACAGUCCAGUUCCUGGCAAUCCAACGCCUCCGCUGACGCCGGCCUGCAGUGUUCCCUAUGUCAGCCCCAAUCCGGACAUCAAGCCGCCAAUGGACAGCAGCGAAGAGAUGAGACUGACAUUCCCGGUGCGAGAUGGCAUCAUAUUGCCACCGUUCCGCCUGCUGCACAAUCUCUCGGUGAGCAACCAUGUGUUCCAUCUCAAGCAGAAUGUCUACAACACGCUCAUGUGCCGCACCGAUCUGGAGUUGCAGCUGAAAUGCUUCCAUCAGGACGAUCGCCAGAUGAACACAAACUGGCCACACACCGUCACCGUCUCCGCCAAUGCCACGCCGCUGACCAUCGAGCGGUCCGAGAAGAACAGCACGGCGUUGCGUCCGCUUUAUUUGAAGUCCGUUUGCCAACCAGGACGCAAUACGCUGCAGCUGACCGCCAGUUCCUGUUGUUGUUCCCAUUUGUUUGUGCUGCAACUUGUGCAUCGGCCAUCGGUGCGUCAGGUGUUGCAGACGUUGCACAAACGGAAUCUGUUGCCACUGGAGCAUAGCGUGCAGAAGAUCAAGCGUAAUCUGAGCCUGCCCAGCGUUGGAGCCGAUGGUGUGGCCAGCGUUGGCAGCCCGGAUGCAGCGCAGCAAUGCGCUAAGAUCUCAUUGAAGUGUCCCAUAACCAAGUCUCGAAUACGCCUCCCGGCACGUGGACACGAGUGCAAGCAUGUGCAAUGCUUCGAUCUGGAGGCAUAUCUCAUGAUCAACAGCGAACGUGGCUCGUGGCGUUGUCCCGAGUGCAGCAAGUCGGCCAUCACAGAUACCCUGGAAAUUGAUCAAUAUAUCUGGGCUAUACUCAACACGCUGAGCACCUCCGAUGUCGAUGAGGUGAUCAUUGAUUCAUCAGCCAAUUGGCGUGCCCUGCAGCACAAUGGUGGCAUGCCCAAUGCCCCACAAUCGGGUGCACCACCCACUGGCCAAGCGCCACCGAGUGGCAAUGCCAAUGGCAGCAACAACAACAGCGGCAGCAACGUUAACGGCAGCAACAAUGGCAACAGCAACACAAGUGUUGGCAACGGUUUGCCAGCCAUCAAACAGGAAUUGUUACCUGCCAUCAAGCAGGAGUUGUGCGAUGACAUUGCCAAGGUCAUGUCGCCGGGCUCCACACAGCUGCCCACCUGGGACAACUCGCAAGCGAUGAGUCCCUACAACAUGCACGACAUGAAUUCCAUUGCCAACGGCAACAUGAUGGGCAACAACAAUGCAGCCAACGGUGCACAGCUUGGCAAUCGCAGCAGCUAUGACAGCUUCAGUGGCAGCCACGGCGAUGGCAAUAACUUGGCCAAUAGCGAUGCCGUCAACUCUCUGGAUCAGCUCAAUGCCAUGGAGAAAUCGCUCAGCGAUCAGAUGCCACACACGCCGCACACACCUGGAGCGGCCAGCCAUCCCAUGACGCCCGGUGGACCGCCCAGUGUCAGCUCCUCGCACAAUGAGCCCAUCAGCGGCGGCACUCCUAACGCCAGCAACAACAACAACAGCAACGGAAGCGGCAACAACAACAGCACUGGACACAAUUCACCACAAACGCCGGGCACGCCCAGCCGCAGUCUGGGUAGCAGCACCAGCAUGUCCAAUGCGGACCAGCAGCAGCAGCAACAGCAGCAACAACAAUCCCAGCAGCAAUCGCAGCAGGAGCAACUGCUCAACUCCCUCAUGAGCAGCCAGACGCAGUUGAAGUUUGAGAAUGAUUUGAGCGCGGAACUGCAGAAUUUUGAUCCUUCCGCUGCAGGACUCGAUAACAACGGGCAUGAUCUGAAUCUGCUGCAGGAUAUGGAUCCAAUGGAAAUCUUGUCGUACCUGGAUCCGCAGACGGAUUUGAAUACACCGCCAUCGAGCGGCAGCAGCAAUAACAAUGCCAAUGACGAUCUCUUGGCCACGUUAUUCGAUUAAGCCACACUUGGACAGCGUUGAGAAAUGAGAUAUUCCUUAAACAAAAUGAGAACGAAAAAGAAAAAUUAAAAAAACAAAAAAGAAAAUAUGGCAUUAAACCAUAAUUGUAAAUAGUAUUAUUAAUUUUAAUGAAUUGUGAACUAUAGCGAGUUGCGUACUUCAAAAAAAAAAAAAA